AUGGGACUGAGGAAUCAGAGCAGCAUGGAGCAAGUGGCCGAGUUCAUCUUAACUAGUUUUCAACUUCCUAGACACCUGGAGCUUAUCGUUUUUGUGGUGCUUCUUGUUGUUUUCCUGAUAACAGUAGCUGGGAAUAUCGCCAUCAUCACACUGGUAUGUUUGGACCAGCAUCUCCAAACCCCCAUGUACUUUUUCCUCUGCAACCUCUCGCUCAUGGAAGUCUUCUUUGUCACAUCUAUUAUCCCCAAGAUGCUGGUGGACAUGGUUUCCCUGAGCAAGGCCAUCUCUUUUUUGGGCUGUGUGGCUCAAUGCUACUUCUACUUUGUCUUUGGCACGUGUGAAACCAUCCUUCUUGCUGUGAUGGCCUUUGAUCGCUAUGUUGCCAUCUGCAGACCACUUCACUAUGCCAUCAUCAUGAAUAGAUGGGUCUGUGCCUAUUUGGUCUUUGGCUGCUGGCUUGCUGGAUUCCUUUCUCCUGUUGCCCCAUUCAUUUAUUUCUAUCCACUAUCCUUCUGUGGCUCUAAUAUUAUAGACCAUUUCUUCUGUGAUUAUGUUUCAAUGCUAAAGCUUUCUUGUAAUAAUGUACAUUUCAAUCUAACUUUGGCUUCAGUCCUGUCCUCAGUGGUGCUCCUCAGUUCUUUGUUUGUCACUCUUCUCUCUUACAUCUACAUCAUCGUCACCAUCUUGCGCAUGCACUCCACCAAAGGUCGGCAAAAGACAUUUUCCACCUGUGCAUCUCACAUGACUGUUGCCUCCAUUUUUUAUGGCAGCUCAAUUUUCAUGUACUCUUUACCCAGCCAGGGACGCUCUCGGGAUGUCCAGAAAGCAGUUGCUGUCCUUACUGGAAUGGUUACCCCAUUGCUGAACCCUUUUAUUUAUAGUCUAAGGAAUGAGAAGGUCAAGGAGGCCUUCAAAGACUGUCUGAAGAAGAGGAAAGCUCUUUGA